UCAGCUUCUGCUCUGGGCUUGUCUCAUGGUACCAAGUGACGUGUCCUUCUUGUGAGAUCCAGUCUCCGGAACCCCCCGAGAAAAUGUCAGGAAUUCAGGCCGUCUGGCCAUCUGGUACAGAAUGUAUUGCCAAGUAUAACUUCCACGGCACCGCCGAUCAGGACCUUCCGUUCAGCAAAGGGGAUGUGCUCACCAUCAUCUCUGUCACCAAGGACCCCAACUGGUACAAAGCGAAAAACAAGGUGGGCCGUGAAGGGAUCAUCCCAGCCAACUACGUGCAGAAGCGGGAAGGGGUGAAAGCUGGGAUCAAGCUCAGCCUGAUGCCCUGGUUCCACGGGAAGAUCACCCGCGAGCAGGCCGAACGGCUGCUGUACCCGCCGGAGACGGGCCUCUUCCUGGUGCGGGAGAGCACCAACUACCCGGGCGACUACACCCUCUGCGUCAGCUGCGACGGGAAGGUGGAGCACUACCGUAUCAUGUACUCCUCUAGCAAGCUCAGCAUCGACGAGGAGGCGUACUUCGAGAACCUCAUGCAGCUGGUCGAGCACUACACCUCAGAUGCGGAUGGACUGUGCACGCGCCUCAUCAAGCCCAAAGUCAUGGAGGGCACCGUGGCUGCCCAAGAUGAGUUCUCGCGCAGUGGAUGGUCCCUCAACAUGAAGGACUUGAAAUUGCUGCAGACCAUUGGCAAAGGCGAAUUUGGGGAUGUGAUGCUCGGCGAUUAUCAUGGGAACAAGGUGGCCGUGAAAUGCAUUAAGCACGAUGCGACGGCUCAGGCCUUCCUAGCAGAAGCUUCAGUGAUGACGCAGCUACGACAUAGCAAUCUAGUGCAGAUGUUGGGGGUGAUUGUGGAAGAGAAGGGCGGAUUAUAUAUCGUCACAGAAUACAUGGCAAAGGGAAGCUUAGUCGAUUACCUACGCUCCCGAGGGAGGUCUGUGCUGGGAGGAGACUGCUUGCUAAAGUUCUCCUUGGACGUCUGCGAAGCCAUGGCAUAUCUGGAAGCCAACAAUUUCGUCCACCGGGACUUGGCGGCGAGGAACGUGCUGGUCUCGGAGGACAACAUUGCCAAGGUCAGCGAUUUUGGGCUGACGAAAGAAGCCUCGUCCACCCAGGACACGGGCAAGCUGCCGGUGAAAUGGACAGCCCCGGAAGCACUUAGAGAAAAGAAAUUUUCCACGAAGUCUGACGUGUGGAGCUUUGGAAUACUUCUCUGGGAAAUCUACUCCUUCGGGCGAGUGCCUUAUCCGAGAAUUCCUCUGAAGGAUGUCGUUCCUCGCGUGGAGAAGGGAUACAAGAUGGACUCCCCCGACGGCUGCCCCCAGAUUGUCUACGAGGUGAUGAAGAAGUGCUGGCACUUGGACCCCGCCCACCGGCCUUCCUUCCACCAACUACGGGAACAGCUAGAGCAUAUCAAAGCCGCCGAGCUUUACCAGUGAGGUCGAGGCUGGGGGGCGGGGCUUCCUCCGAACACGCCUCCUCCAUCACUUCCUGCGAUCCACCU